AUGCCUGGAACACUGCAUGUGUCGCCGCAUCCGGAUCGCACUCACAUCUACUGGGAUCUCUACGAAUGGCUCAACGCGAACAUCCCGAAAGAGACACGUGUGUACAUGAUGCCGCCACGCAUGAUUGUCUUCUGUCCAAGUAUGCUGCCGGACACCAACAAGUCAUACCUUCCAAAAGCUCUUUUCGUCGGUGCUGUUAAUGUCAACAAGCGCUUCGAGCAUGUCUACGCAUACCGAACCCACGAAGGGAGGAUAGUCUUUUUCCGAGACUGCACCCUGCUCGAGCUUGAGUUCUUCGACGACAUAAGCUGGAACAAGCCGUUCACACACGUGCAACAGUGGGGUGGGGAUCACUUAAGGAAGAUCAAGGCUUUAUGUUCCUACUACUAUGCCACCUCCAAACAAACCGACCGUUUCGUCGAGAUUGGCGGCAUCUCACGCGCCAAGUUGUAUAAUAUAGGCAUCUGCGCAAGCCGUGAAAGAGAAGGAACAACGUCGCCAUGUCCGGUCCCCCAAAUGGGUGAGGACCUGCGCGGGCGAUGA